GCGUCACCUUGCUCUUGGCAUGCGACCAGCUGGCACUGACCUCAACCGCAGCGCUUGCAAUCGGGCAGGCAAACCCCCACGCCGUCACUGGCGCUCAUCAUCGUUCCAGGGCAGGUCCAUCAACAACAGGAACACAACGACAAAACUUCAUUUUCUUCCUUCACUCGUUAUUCGUUUUGGGGCUUUUUAAUACACAUCACACAAAAUGGCCGACGCAGUAGAAGAUGCCGGCUCCGUUUCCGAGCCCAUGGACCUCGUCCGCCUUUUGCUUGAUGAGGUUGUCUGCGUCAAGCUGAGAGGUGAUCGGGAGCUCAAGGGCCGUCUGCACGCCUACGACUCCCACUGCAACCUAGUCCUCGGUGAAGUCGAAGAGACCAUUUUACAUACCGAGGAGGAUGAUUUGAAGGUCGUGUAUGCGAAGGUACCAGUUGACGAGCACGACUUCCGCCACCGCUACGGCAUCAAACCCUUCGCCGGCCCGCUUGGCCAGGACCGGUUGCCCAUCGGCAAGUGGAAGUUAUCGCAGGUGGCGGACGAGGCGCAGUUUUGGGAAGGGGUAGAUAAGGAGGAGGAGGAGAGUGGGAAAGGGAAAAGGAAGGGGCAGACGGAGGGUUCUGGGCAGUCAGCAGCUGAGGGUGGUGGCUACCUCAAGGUCGAGAGGGGCGCUUACGAAGGAAACCCGAGCUUUAGGAGGAGGGAAGGAGAGGGAAACGAGGAGAGAGGUGGCUUUUAG